CAAAGCAGUUGCCCAGAACAUGGCGGCUCCUGGUCCUGUGACUCCCGGGGCACCCUUUGAACCAGCACAGCCCCCAGUCAUUGAGGGCUUUAGCCCCAGUAUCUACAGCACUCAAGAAAGCUUCAAGGAAAAAUUUCUUCGCAAGACCCGCGAGAACCCAAUGGUACCCAUAGGCUGCCUGGGCACGGCGGCCGCCCUAACCUACGGCCUCUACUGCUUCCAUCGGGGUCAGAGCCACUGCUCUCAGCUCAUGAUGCGCACCCGAAUCGCUGCCCAGGGCUUCACGGUCGCAGCCAUCUUGCUGGGUUUGGCGGCAUCUGCUAUGAAGUCUCGAUCCUGAGUCCAAGACCUGGCCUUGAAAGUUACACAGAGACCAUUCCCAGCCCCAGGAGCAACUACCGGUCCUGCUACCUGACUUAUUCCCACGACUCCCCUGACAAGCCCCUGUAUCAGCGGGGGAGGAAGUGGCCAAUUGUGUAACUGACAGAUGUUUUUUCAGGAAUCUCAGAUUCGGUUCAGUUUGGGUGUUGCAUAGUUCUAUUUGUGCCCCACUUUCUUCACUUCCUACUUAAUAAACUGAUCCACUUGUAAAAAAAAA